UAAGGGCAGAGGCCAUCUCGUGAAUAAUUCCUUCCCUUCCCUUCCCUUCCUUCACUUGGGAGUGCUGCUUAAAAUUCCCUAAAAUACUAUUUUGUGUAAAUUUGGAUUUCCCAUCAAGAUAUAUUCAACGUAAGCCCAAAGUCCUUUGAAUCUUCUCCCCUCUUCCGUCAGUAACAAAAGCUUCAGCUGUAGCUGUUGGUUGAUGAUUCCGAAUCCGUGCCUAGCAAAGGAAGAGCCAUAGAGAUACCCCUAAAUUAUGAGCAAACGAAAUUGGGUAGCAGAAAAUUACUAUUCUAAGGAUUUCGAGUGGGAUGAAUUGAGACAAGAAGUUGAAAACGACCCCUCUCUUCAAUACCACUUGCUGCCUUACACAAAAGUUGAUUCUGGAAAUCAAGACGACGUUCAAGACUCUGAAGCAUGGGACAAGUUUCAUGCUCGUCACUCCACUGGCAAGUUCUUUACGGCUCUUGACUUUGAUUGUUUCUUUCAUUCAUGCCUCGGAAACCGUGUAAUUACUCUAGCUUGGCCCAUAGAGAGAAGGUACUUAUUGAAGGAGUUUCCUGAACUAGCUUCUUGUAAGGACUUUUCCAAGGUUUUGGAGGUGGGCUGUGGUAACGGCAGUACAGCUCUACCAAUACUACGUGAAAAAGAGAGCACCAUCUUGUAUGCCUGUGACUGCAGCACUGAAGCUCUUGAGAGAGCUAAAGAGAUCAUUAAUGCUGAUAACUCAAUCUCUACUAAGCAUCGUUUUCAUUCAUUCCAAUGUGACUUUUCAACCCUUGGAUUUCCUAUGUGGUUGGCCUGCAAUACUUGUAGAGGAAGUUUCUUGGAGAAGCAGUUUCUAGGCUUCCCAGGCGAAGACAACUGUAAGAUAGAUAUCAAUAGUCCUUCCUGCUCCGAGGAAAAUAAGUGCUGCAUUGGUGGAGUGGAUUUCAUUACCUUGAUUUUCACAUUAUCAGCCGUACCACUUGACAGGAUGCCCACUGCUAUUACCCAAUGCUUCUCUAUUUUAAAGCCGGGUGGUCUGCUUUUAUUCAGGGAUUAUGGUCUUUACGAUAUGACCAUGCUUAGGUUUGAGCCUGCACAAAGAGUGGGAUAUCGAGAAUACUUGCGGUCAGAUGGAACACGAUCUUAUUUCUUCUGCUUGAAUAGCGUGAGAAAUUUGAUGUCUGCUGUGGGCUUCACUGAGCUUGAGCUCGAAUAUUGCUGUGUGAAGUCAGUGAAUCGCCGGAGCGGGAAGAUCAUGCGAAGAGUAUGGGUUCAUGGGAAGUUUCAGAAGCCCAUCUGUGAUUGAAAGCAGAUUACUCGUCUAUGGUGGCAUUAAUCAGCUCUGGCACAUCAAUUAUCUUGAUUUCAAUCACUUUCUUUGUUAUGCCCUUUUUAAAAGGUUAUGCCGUGUGCUGACACAGAUGUAAAAUUUAUUUAUCUGUAAUUUAUUCUCAGCACGAUCUCACCGGCGCCUUGAGCGCAAAUUUUGAUCAAAAGCCUGGAGAGAAUCAAAAUGGAGUGGCGAUGAGAAACCUAUUACCUUUAAGCAUUACAAAUGUUCGUGUAAAUUUGCAUGCAAAUUGGUAUCUUCAAAAUCACUUUUGCUAUCUA